ACUAACGAGGGAGGAGUCCCACGGCGGCGAGUGCGGAGGUGGAGACGAUCUAGCCGUUACACAUUUUCUCCUUGGUGCGACGAGAGAAUUCGUUUUUUAUUUCAUUUCAUCAUAGACGUAGAUGCUGGAUUUUCGAGAGUUUCUCUAUCUCAACGGACGCCAACCUAAACCACCAGAAUCGUCGAUGGCUGAGAUAUUGAUCAAUACUUAUAUAUUCCUACCAAGACUGGAUACUAUACAAAAAGGCAAAAUUCAAGAUCUUCAGAAUUUAUCUGCAGAAGAGAGCUGCAAAAAUGUCAGGUGCUCUUUUAUAUAAACAAUUAUUUGUUGAAAGAUAUUAAAGCCAUACAGUGCAAUUGCAUGUGCCAACAAAGUACUUUCUUCCUGUAAUUUUGCUGAAUCAAACAAUUACUGAAUCUACUUAGGAAUUUGAUAUAUAGUACAUUGAGAUAUUUGAAUGCUUAAAGUGUUCUGAUGAAUUCAAAAAGCAGCCAAUUAUUAUUCUAAAAAUAGUACUUUGAUUAAAUAUUACAAAUUUUGUAAUUACUGUGCUUCUAUUUGGUUAAAGUAAGUUGCUUAUUAAAAAAGAAAAACCAAAAUAAAUUAUGUCUUUGAGUGCUAGUGCUGAAAACUUAAGCUCAGAGCCCCAGAUGAGUGGUAGCGACACUAAUAUGUGUUUGGAGUUAGCUUUAGAGGGUGAACGCCUUUGUAAGGCUGGAGACUGUAGAGCAGGAGUAGCAUUUUUUCAAGCAGCUAUCCAAGCCGGUACUGAUGACUUACGCACACUUAGUGCUAUAUACAGCCAACUAGGAAAUGCAUACUUUUACCUUGGAGAUUAUGUUAUGGCCAUGCAAUAUCAUAAACAUGACCUGACAUUGGCAAGAUCUAUGGGAGACAAGCUUGGCGAGGCAAAAUCUAGUGGUAAUCUUGGAAAUACACUGAAGGUCAUGGGAAAGUUUGAUGAGGCCAUGAUUUGCUGUAAACGACACUUAGAAAUUUCGAGAGAGAUUGGUGACAAACUCAGCGAAGGAAGAGCUUUGUAUAAUCUAGGUAAUGUUUAUCAUGCCAAAGGUAAACAGCAUGGUAGAAUAGGCCAUCAAGGGCCAGGAGAGUACUCUGAAGAGGUGAAAGAGUGCUUGCAGCAGGCUGUUAUGUAUUACCAAGCUAAUUUGGAGCUGAUGAAAGAACUUGGUGACUCUGCAGCCCAAGGUAGAGCAUGUGGAAAUCUGGGAAACACGUACUAUCUGCUGGGAGAUUUCCAAAAGGCUAUCUACUAUCACAAUGAGAGACUCAAGAUAGCCAGAGAAUUUGGUGAAAAGGCAGCAGAGAGAAGGGCCAACAGUAACCUUGGCAACUCGCAUAUUUUCUUGGGUGAAUUUGAGAAGGCAGCCCAGCACUACAGACGCACCCUGGUUCUAGCUCAGGAAUUGGGAGAUCAGGCGUUCGAAGCACAAGCCUGCUAUUCUCUCGGGAACACUUAUACCCUUUUGCGUGAUUACCCUGCGGCCAUCGAAUACCAUUUGCGUCAUCUGUUGAUUGCUCAACAAUUGAAAGACAGAGUGGGAGAGGGCCGAGCAUGCUGGUCCUUGGGAAAUGCUUAUUCCGCCAUGGGUAAUCACGAGCAAGCUCUUUACUACGCCAAACUGCAUCUACAGAUUUCCAAGGAAUUGGGCGAUACGAUGGGUCAAGCGACGGCGCAAAUGAACGUCGCCGACCUCAUGAAAAUGCUCGGCAUUGAGAAGAGCGACGAUGACAAGAAAAAUCUGCUGAAUAUGACGCCAAUGAACAUCACAGCGUCAUCCCCGGGAAGAUACCGUCUUCGUCGUAAGUCCAUGGACAAUUUGGAUUUGAUAAAAUUGACGCCGGAUGGUAAGUCAAAGGAAACUGAGAAACGCAAGCAGAAGAAAGACAACGACGAUGAUGAAGAAGACAACUUUUUCGAUUUGCUGUCUCGUUUUCAAUCCGGCCGUAUGGACGAUCAGCGCUGCGUUCUGCGCACUAAUCAAAUCAAGAAGAGCGAGAACAAGGAAAAAGACAAGGACGAGGACGAUUUGUUACAAUUGAUCGCUGGCAUGCAGAGCAAACGUAUGGAUGAACAACGUGUGACUUUGCCCUACCUGCCAGGUUUGAAUACCAAGGAGAACGCAGCGAUUAAGCAGGAGGACGAUUCGUUUUUGGAGAUGUUGGCCAGGUGCCAAAGCUCCAGAUUGGAGGACCAACGUAGCCCACUGCCAAAUUGCCCGGUGCUCAAGGACAUUGACGAGCAGGAGUCGCAGAGUAACGACGACGUGUCUUCUAGUGCCACUGUACCCGAGGAGGACUUGUUCGCAUUGAUUCAGAGGCUUCAAGCUGGACGCAUGGAAGAUCAGAGAGCUAAGGGACCCAUUAAUACAUAAAUCAGUUGCUUAGCUUGAGACCAUGUAUAUUUGUAUAUAAGAACGUAGGGUGCAAAAGUCUCGGGGUGUCUACGAAUCGUUUCAGCAUAAAGAUUUUGAAUAUGUAUUCGACUAUCGUCAAGUCCAUGCACGACUUUCUCAUUGACAAGUUAUAUUGCAGUAGUGGAUUAUUAAGUAACGAAUCAGUAUUGAAUCUUGACACGAAUGCGAUUGAUUAACUGUUGUUCUUGUUUUGCAAUAAAAUUUUGAUAAUAUAAUUGUAUAUUUUGCAGUAGACACCCUGAAUUAUAUAUUACGAUAAUUAAACUGCAAGUGCUAGCGAAAAUUCGGAUUGUGAUAUAAGAAUCUUAUCGGAGUACAACCGAAUAAAUGAUUGUUUUUAUUCUUUUUUUGUACUAGAGAAGUUAUUUACAUUAUAAUUAUUUUAAUACUAGAUUAUUCUGUAUUCAUUAUGAUAUGGUAUUUAUUUUUUUAUCGAAUAUAUUUAAUUGAUAGGAGUUCAUAGUUUUUUUUCUUUUGUAAGAAAAUAAGAACAAGUACAAGAAAACAGUGUAAUAAAAAACAAAACGUUCUUUCCGAAAGUACUGGCAAAGUUAAUAUAGAUAAUGCAGAUUUUAGAAAAAUUUGCUUAGAUUGGUAGAUGAAAAGCCUAGAAGCUGUAACACUCAAAAGCGUCAUGAUAAAUUUCCCAAGUUUGGAAAAAUCUCUCGCUGUAAAUAUAAUCUUCUACAAACAACAAAUAAACACUUGUAAAUAGAAUUAAGAAAAAUCGAAAGCGUCAUGUAGUAGCUUUUUCUCUCCCUCUCGAAACAACUAUAUAUGUACCAGUACGUUAUGUACUUGUGUGACGUUGCUUAUCGCGUUGUUUUUGCAUCAUACAAACGUGCGUGCACACGUACACACAUAUGCAAACAAAUGUAUAUUAUCUGGCCUAGGAAAAAAAAUUCGAAUGUGUCACUAAUUAAGCUUUUGAAAUUAAUCUGAGCAAAGCAAUGGCAAUUGUAGCAAAAAUAUAUCAUUGCCUUUGGAGGCGAAUUUCGGCAUAAACAAACUUAUUCGUUAUAGUAUUAUAUGAGAAACAUGACGUUUACUCUUCGAUCCUGUUUUUUUCUCCAUUAAGUAUUAAUGCUACUUCCUUGUAAGCGGGGCUCUUAUGUAUACGUUUUAGUAUUACCCAGGCAGAACAUUUAUUGUAUUUGUACCAAGAUUCAAAAUCUAUUAAAGUCUUGACUUUUUUUUUAAUC